CGUUUUUGACAUUUCGCUGUCUAGCCGUCGUCGCCGCUGUCGUCGUUAUCGCAGCUGAGUCUUCGUAGGUUGUUCGUCAUUGAUUUUUUAUUUUUUCCAACGCAGUUCCGCAAACGGCAGUGAAAAAAUUUUGUGUCUUUCAAAUAAAAUUCCCUAACAUCAUAAAUUGUUGCAAUUAAUUGCAAAUUUGUGGAAAAUUUGCAAUUAUGGGCGACAAUGAGCAAAAGGCGCUGCAAUUGAUGGCUGAGGCCGAGAAGAAAUUAACGCAGCAAAAAGGUUUUCUCGGUUCGCUUUUUGGUGGUUCGAACAAAGUUGAAGAUGCCAUCGAGUGCUAUCAACGCGCCGGCAAUAUGUUCAAAAUGUCCAAAAAUUGGGCUAAAGCUGGCGAAUGCUUUUGUGAGGUAGCCAAUUUGCAUUCACGUGCAGCUAGUCGUCAUGAUGCCGGUGUGGCAUAUGUUGAUGCCUCCAAUUGCUACAAGAAGAUCGAUGUUGAGAGCGCUGUGUCUUGCCUACUAAAGGCAAUCGACAUCUACACCGAUAUGGGUCGUUUCACCAUGGCAGCAAAGCAUCACCAGAGCAUUGCUGAAAUGUAUGAGACCGACCCAGGCACGCUGGCCAAAGCUAUACAGCACUAUGAACAAGCUGCUGAUUACUUUAAGGGCGAAGAAUCGGUGAGUUCAGCCAAUAAAUGUAUGUUGAAGGUAGCGCAAUAUGCCGCACAGCUGGAAGAUUACGAAAAGGCCAUCAAUAUAUAUGAGCAGGUGGCAGCUUCAUCACUGGAGAGUUCACUGCUCAAAUAUAGCGCUAAAGAGUAUUUCUUCCGUGCUGCAUUAUGUCAUCUGAGUGUGGAUCUGUUGAAUGCUCAACAUGCUAUUGAAAAAUAUGCACAGCAAUAUCCAGCAUUCCAGGACUCGCGUGAAUUCAAGCUCAUUAAGGUGCUCUGCGAACACUUGGAGGAGCAAAACAUCGAAGGCUUCACAGAAGCGGUCAAAGAUUACGAUAGCAUUUCACGUCUGGACCAGUGGUACACCACAAUAUUGCUUAGAAUUAAGAAAGCAGCCGAUGAGGAUCCCGAUUUACGAUAAAUUUAUCAUUAAUAUUAAUUAUAUACACAAAAAGGAAAAGAAAAAGAAACAAAUAAUUAUUCCAAAUAGUAAACGUAUAUAAAAAGCAGCAUAAAAUUUAAACGUAAACUUUUUAAAUUCCACAUUCACUUGUCCGAAUAUUCAAUAGUUAUACAUACACACAUAUAUAUAUACAAUUUAUUUUUGUAACAAACAACUAAACAUAACCCCAGUUAAUUAACCAAAUAUAAAAGAAAAGAAUUUUUAUUUUAUUUUAUUGACUUUAUUUUAUUUUAUUGAAACAAAAUAAUUUUAUUUUCUAAAAACAGUUCAACACACUUAUUAUUUUACAAAACAGUACAAUAACAAGAACACUACAUACACACACACAACUUACUUAAUAUAGAGACAGACAAACAGUUACCAAUAUACAACAGCCAGACAGUUACCAAAAUUGCUAAUGUUUCGUAUUAAAACAUAACGUGAAAAAUAACCAACAUUAUUACUAUUAUUAACAAUAAUGGCAUGGAAGCAAUACUAGCUUCUUAAUACCAAAAAAAAAAAACAAAAAUAAACAUAUUUUAUUUUAAAAUUUCAUAUUGUGUAAUGCUAGAAAUGUUGUAUAGCAGCUACACUAAAAGAAUUGCCUUGCGACAAUAUGUAUGUAGUUAGCGGAAUAUAAAAUGUAUGGAAAUUGAAAUUUUUGCAUAAACAACAAGAGUGCGCUAAGUGCGGAGAUUGCAGAGAAGUGAAUAUUGAAAUUAAUGAAAAGCUAAAUGGAAAGUGCGCUAAAACAACAACAAUAAAAUUGAUGAAAUAAUAAAUGUGUGAAAUAUAAUUAAUUGCUCUUAUUAACUAUGACUGCUAUGUGGCAUACAACAAAAACAACAACUUAUAGACAUGCAACGCUGAGAAAGCAGUGCAGUGAAGUGUAGAAAUCUAAACUAAUUGGUGAAUGCGAUGCGACGGUUGAAUGUAUGGAAAUGAGAAACAUGCUUGAAAUAUGCUGUUAUGUAUAAUUAAAUUGUGUUUUUUUACUUAUAUACUAUAUAUAUAUAUACUGUUUUACAUUGAUAUAUAUAUAUACUAAAAUGAGUUCUUCAUUUAUAUACUAUUUUCACAUUAAAAAAAAUAUGUUAUAUGCACGCACUAUUUGUGUUUGUUGUAAAAAUAUUUUUUAUAUAUUAUACUAUUGUGGUUUUUACUAAUUUGUUAUUAUAUUACAGUUACUUGUUGUUUGUUGUUUUUCUUAUUAACUUUUGUAUUGACUAAUUUUCAUAUUAUUUUCAAAUAUACUUUUUGCUCAAGGCUAACAACUUUCAAAAUAUAUAUAUACAUAAAUAUAUAUGUGUUGCCAAAUUAAUAUAUAUAUAUAUAGAGAGUUAUAUGCAUAUAUAUGUACUAUACUCGUGGUAGCGGUUCAUGUUACAUGUUUCAAAUGUUAAUUCAAAGUUAUAAAGCGUUAAUUGCAAAAAUUUGAAAAAAAAAGUUAAAGCUGUAACUUUUUGUAUCAAAUUAUGAAAGAUUCAAUAAAAUAUUUAUGUAUAUGUAUACUAACAACAACAACAACAAAGAAAAAAACGUAUAUGUACCACAUAUUUAAUGGAUUUAUUUAGUUAAAAUGCAAUUUAUAUAUUCUACAACUUGGUAAAUGGAUUUAUUUAGUUCAAAUAUAAAUGUGUUAUAAAAGCAAAAUAUAACAACAACAACAACAACAACAAAUAAAGCAACACAAUAACUGUGUGUUAGAGGAUUGGUAGAUGAUUGAUGAUUGAUAAGCAGAAAAGUGAGCAGAUUAUAAGCGUAGUGAAGCGGGGAGAAAGUGAAGUUAAAAUAAAUAUGAAGCAGAUAACCAUAACUGUAAUGGUUUAUUAAAAAAAAAAAAUAUAUAUAUAUAAAUACAUAUUAAUUAAUAUUUAUGUAUGUAUUAAAAAAAAUAUUUAUAAGCAAACUUGGUAAGCUGGCCAAUAAUUAGUUAAGCUGAAUACACUGAUUCUUAAAAAAAAAAAAAAGAAAAUAUAUAUAUAAACUGCACCAAAAACUUAGUUUAGUAAAAAACUAUAUGUUUAUUAAAAAAAAAAUUGACGAAACAUAUUUUACUUAUAAGCGCCAAAUAAUUAUAAAUAAUUGCAACAAAAUGCAUGCUAUUUAAAAGUAAUUACAAAAAAAACUUAACUAGAAAUAUUUAACGCAUUGACUAACUAAAAACAACGCGCAUAAAAGCAUAUUUAUUAAAAAAAAAAAUACAUUUUUGGGGAGUAAACUUUGACGUAUUAAAAACUAAUUAUUUUAUGUUUUAUCACAACAAACAUUAACAAUGUGUAAUUGUUUGUUGAUUUCUUUGAAAAAAAAAAUAAAAAAACGUUUACUAUAAUCAUUAUUAAAUACCAAACAAAAACAACAACAACAUAAUCAACAUUUUACUUUAUGCUUGAAUUACAUAUUUAUGCCAAAACAUAUUACCCUAACCUAAAACAAAUUACUUUAAACUUAACUAACAACAUUUAUGCAUAUAUAUAUAAACAAAUAUAUAUGCUGAAAUUACUAAAAAAAAAACUAAAACAAGCAUUAAAUUGCAACAAGAAAACAACAACUGACAACAACAACGUCAAAUUCAAUUGUUGAAAAGCCAAAAAAACACAAUAAAUGUUACAUUAAAAUCAUUUGUAGUGAAUUAGUAGCGAAAAAAAAGUAAAAUCUUUAUUAGUAAAUACUAACAAAAUAUAUAUAAAAUAUAAUAACAACAAAAAAACAAAAAUAUGAAAGAUUUAAUGCCGAGAAGAUGUAAUGAUUUAUUGUUCUUAUAUUUAAUAACACAUAAGAGAUGUUUAAAAGCAUGCAUUCAAGUAAACAAAAACAGAAAACACACAAAUAAGUAUUUAUUGUAAUUACAAAAUAAAAACAAAAACAAAUCGAAGAAAUGUAGGAAAACGUUGAAGAAAUACCGAGAUUUGUAAAAUCACAUUGCCACAUUAGUGAAGCAGGAGAGUAUAGAAAUGAGCGGAUUGGUCAGCGUAAUGCAUGUCAGCUAAAAAAAGAAGUAAAAUAUGCCAGGAGUUUGCAAAAGAGGCACAGCAGUUAAUAAGAGCAAUUUUGAAACAGAAAAAUAUUGAAAUAAAAAAACCAAAAAUACAAUUAAAGCAUGCAACAAGUAAAGAAGAAAGAGAGCCUAAAAUGAUUGACGAAAAAAUAAUUAAAAGCUGGUCAAAACUAUGCAAAAUAAAAUAAAAAAAUAAUUGACGAAAGAAUAUGUCAAAAACCUAAAGAAUACAACAUAAAAAAUUGUAAUAACAUACGAACAAAGACAUUAACCAGCCAAGACAAUACUAAAACUUGUAAAAGGCAAUUUUAAGCAAGGAAAUAUGUGAUUUAAAACAUUUCAAGUUUCAAAACUUUUCGAAAAUACGCAAAAACACGUAAUGUAACACUAGUAAUGGUUAAAAAAUGUCGGAAAAGCAUACAAAAAGGUUAUAUGGAAAAUGAAAAUUUUCAAAACUUUUCGAAAAUACGCAAAAAUACCGAAUAUGUAACUAGUAAUUGCUAAAUAUUUUCGUUCAAAAAUGCUGUAUGGAAAAUGCAAAUUUUUGGCAACGAAAUAUGCGAGAUAGAUUUUCAAAACUUUUCGAAAAUACGCAAAAACACUUAAUGUGACACUAGUAAUGGUUAAAAAAUGUCGAAAAUGCGUUUGGAAAUGUUAUAUGAAAAAUGCAAAUUUGUAGCGAUGAGAUAUGCGAGAUAGAUUUUCAAAACUUUUCAAAAAAUACGCAAAAACACAAAAAUAUGACAUUUUUAAAGGCUAAAAAUUGUCGAAAAAGUAUUAAAAAAUGCUAUGUACUUGCAAAAAAUAUACUAGAAGCAUUCAAAGUGAUUAAAAAGUAUUUAAAAUCGUUUAAAACAAUAUAAGUUGUUUUUCAAAAACGCUCAAGUUGUUUUCAAAAGCCAAAUAAGUAUUUGAAAACUCAAACUUGGCGCACAAAACUGCUUGAAAACGUUGAAAAACUAAAAAAUAACAAAAAAUAAUUGGUUUUGAAAAAAAUAUUUACGCUGUUUUACUUAAAACAGUGACAAUUGCUUCAAAACCGUUUCAAAUGAUUUUAAAUACUUUUUGAAAACAUGAAAAAAAAACUAAAAAUGUUACUAGUAUUGUAAAAAUCGUAAUAUGGCGUUUAAAAUGUCUCAAAACAGUUCAUAAUUUUCGAAAAACUAAAAAGCAACUCAGCCACAAUGAUUUCAUAACAAUUAACAACUAAAAAAUCUUUUUGAAUGCGUUUGAAACAUGUCAAAAAUCUUUCAAAACUUUUCAAAAACCAAAAUUUGUGUAAUUCAAUGAAGCAAAUUGUAUUUGCAACUGUGUAUUUGAAACAAAAAUUUGACUCAGCUGCACUUGAGCUACACGAAAACGCAUUCGAAACUCAAUGCAUAUAUGCAAAAAUGUCAAAAGCGCAACAAAAACGGACAGUUUAUUAAAUGCUUUGUAAACGGCUUAUAAAAAAUACAUAAUAUAAAAACAAAUUACAUAACCGCACAUUUUCAAAAACACAUUAUAAAACACGCACUCUUAUGUACCAUAGCUAAAAUUUCACUUAUGCACAGAAGCACUCUGUAGCCACUGACGAUUUUUUGAAAUACAACAACAACAAUGCAAAUAUUGUGCGAAAGUAGUCUAAGAUCUAGAUUUUAGACUAGAUCUAGAACUUAGACUUGUUUUGUGCUGUGCUGUUUAUUGGAAAGUGUGAAUUGCAUUGACUGCAACAGCAAAAAAUAUACUAAAAAUACAACCCUGCAUUUUUUCAUAUUACAAUACAAUAACAACUCGAAAAACACUGCAGCUAAAGGGCAAUUGUUGCAAAUAUAUGUACAAACACUAUACAAUUUUCAAAUUCUAUAAUUCUCUGCAACUUUCAAAACUAAACUUUGAAUCAUUAAAAAAACGUGCAACGCACAUUACGAAAACAAAAACAAAAAGCAAAAUAUAUAUAUAUGUAUUAAUUCAAUUUAAAUAUAGAAAUUUGUCAAAUUAAGUAGUAGAAACUUGCACCAAAGCGCAGCAACAACACAUACAACAAAAAUGCAAAAAUACAAAAACAAUAAUAAUAAUAACAACAACUGCAUCACACACAACGACACAUACAAUUUCAAUUUCAUUGCUUCAUAAAAAUUCAGUAAUUUUCAAAACUUAAAAAAUUUGUGUGUGCGUAAUUCGUUGGAAAUCAAAUAGUUGCAACAUUGAACACUACACUGACCACUAAAAAAAAUCAGGAAGUAUUAAAUGGUAAUUUAAAAAAAAAAAUAACAAAAACCAAAACAGUAGCGCAACAAAAUUUAGUAAAAUUGAAGUGAAAAAAAACACGAAAAUCUUUAUGUCACCGCCGUUGAAUUGUAUAAGUAUAUUAAAAAAAAACAACAAAAAAACAAAUAAUAAAUAAUAAAUAAUACUUAAUUAAUUAAUAUGUAUUAAUGAUUAAUGUAUGGCAUUUAAAUUGGUGGUGUUCAGAUCGAAUGAGUCCAGUCAAACGUCACGUUAAGUGAAACGAUACGAAAAUUGCACGGCAAAGUAUUUUCCUUUUGAGAAUUGUAUGAAUUGUAAUGUUGAAAUAAACAACCAUAAAAAACCAAAAAAAA